AUGGCUUCCGCGCCGGUGGCAUGCAUGUACCGAGUUACGCCGAUCUACGAAGAAAUUAACGCCGUCGAACUCCCUAAUUGCAUGUACAGGGUGGCAAAUGUGUACGGUGAAACGUGCGCCGCCAACGUCCCGAACGGCGGGAUGCCUAUCGACGACGCGGGGGACAUGGUAGCUGAGCUGGAACACCGGCAACAACAGCUGCUGGAGAGGUUGAACCAUUUGAGGGAGCUGGUGGAGAGCGUCAAGGGCAAGCCACCUUCCAAACAAGCCAACCCUGGCGAAGCAGUUAGUUCGGCGACGGUCCCGGCAAGAGUGAUGAUGCCAGUCAGCAAGACAAGCAACUCCCUCUUGGACAUAGUAGUGAGCGCAUCGCCCGAUCACCCUCCGUGGAGCCUCUGGCCACUGCGUCGUCUGCUGUCGCAGCAUAUGCGGGUGCUGUUCGCGUGCCACACGCAUUCUUCUGUGGGCACCCUGCCUGCGCACCUCUCCUUCCUGGCCGCCGGUGCCGACGGUGGACCUUGGGCGGAAUCGCGCAUGUCUCAUGACCUCGCCCUCACUCUGGUCUGGAAGCAGGUGGACCAGAACUGUGAGGUCAUGGUGAGCCCUGUGCUCCAGGCAGCCAUAGUGGGAGAGGUGAACCUCAUCAGGUACCUUGGACGGCUACUGAACCCUUCAUACGAAUCAGGAGAUGCGGCAACGGCUACGGAGGUGGACCACUGGCUUUCGUUGGCUCACCACGGCAUCAUCCAUGGGAAGAACAAAGAGCAGCAGGCCGUUCUCAAGGCUCUCAAUGCGCAGCUCGGAAGGACGCCCUACGUCCUGGGGUCGGUGCCAGGCCUCGCCGACAUCGCCCUGUGGAGCGCUCUGCUGCAAGCCAACCUUGCGUGUGGGGCACCCAGCAAUGUGAAGAAGUGGUUGAAGGCCCUCAGCACGAACCCGAUCUUCGCACUGCCCAAAGGGUGCUGUGUCCUAAGUGAUCUAUGAAUGAAUCCAAAUAGUGGAAACGUUAGGAACAGAAACCUUACUUCGUCAUUUACAUUUGGGGAUCAUGUGUUUGGGUACUAUUGCGGUUCAAUUUAGGUGGAAUCCAUGUACUAUUAAUUAAAGGGUAGUAGUAAUGGUUUACUGACAGUUCGGUGGUAAUGAAAGCCAUUUUUGUGUGUAUUGCAAGUACAACGAAGGAAUUGGCAAAUCAGUCAAACCUGAAAAGACUUGCGUUUGAAUUAGAAUUUCUCAUUUUCUCUCGAGCCUUCAACGGUAACAUAAUAUGUAUUAGUUGGCUUUUGUGUUCAAUGCCUCCAUCCUCUAUUGUCGCUCAAACUGUAUUAUGUGGGCCCAGUGCUGCAGUAUUCUUUUUUUUUCUUCUUCAUCCUAACUUGAACAGCAACAUAACACACAUGAAUAGGUUAAGGUGCUGCAACACUUUCACGCAGUGCUGCUGAGGAAAUUGCAUUGCGAAUGUUGACAGCAAAAACACGCAAGGCACUGCUCUGUGUCCCGUCACGUGCGGCAUAAGAAGCCAUCUUGAAAUAAACAGUCAAUUCUGAAAUACAA